UCAGUGGAUGGACGUACAGCAUGUCACAAAUCCAACAACAAAAAUAACUUUCCUUUUCUUAAGUACAAGACAAAAAACACACACGGUUUGAAAAUCUGACCAAGAAAUGGCAAUCAAUGGAGAGACGAAAAAUGAGACGAGUAACAUUGAGACUAAAACCGAGUCAACAAAUGGAGAGCACGUGAGCCGGCUCCAAGAAUUUGGUCACAAGAGCCUCUUGCAAAGCGAUGCUCUUUAUCAGUAUAUACUUGAAACGAGUGUGUAUCCAUGGGAGCCAGAAUCUAUGAAAGAACUUAGAGAGGUCACGGCAAAACAUCCAAUGAAUAUUAUGACAACAUCAGCUGAUGAAGGACAAUUUCUAAACAUGUUAGUGAAACUCAUAAAUGCCAAAAACACCAUGGAAAUCGGUGUUUUCACCGGUUACUCUCUCCUUGCCACCGCCCUUGCUCUUCCUGAGGAUGGCAAGAUUUUAGCUAUGGAUAUAAACCGUGAGAACUAUGAUUUGACACGUCCCAUAAUAGAAAAGGCUGGAGUUGCUCACAAAAUUGACUUUAAAGAAGGCCCUGCCUUGCCCCUUCUUGAUGAACUGAUUGCCAAUGGAAAAUAUCAUGGAACAUUUGACUUCAUAUUUGUGGAUGCUGACAAGGACAACUACCUCAACUACCACGAAAGGCUAAUCGAUUUGGUUAAGGUUGGCGGGUUGAUAGGUUACGAUAACACCUUAUGGAGUGGCUCCGUGGCCGCCCCUCCAGAUGCACCGAUGAAAAGGUUUGUAAGGUAUUAUCGAGAUUGCGUGUUGGAGCUCAACAAAGCAUUGGCUUCUGAUCCAAGGAUCGAAAUUUGUAUGCUUCCUCUUGGCGACGGAAUCACCCUCUGUCGUCGGCUCAGCUAAUCUUCUGCAUAUAUAUGGUUUUACUCCUAUAUAUGGAGUAAUUAUUAUUGUUAUAUAUUCUCCACCCAAUGGGUUGGUCCAAUAUGAAGAUAUUCAUGUAAUAUUGUGCGUCAGUUUCGAUAUAUGUAUUAUGCUUUACUAUUGAUGUGUCUGCAUUUUAAUCAAGUUAAUUUGUACCA